AUGAAAUCAAUUAGUAUGCUUGUAUUCUUCUGUGUACCGCUGACAACAGUCUACGCAAUAACUUUACGUUUUACAAAUUUACAAUGUCAAGCAUUUCAUCCAGAAUUUGCCAAAUUUGCAAAAUGUCGUCUAAAAGUUGUAAAGCGCGGUGUGAUUUCAUUAAAUAUUAAUGUGGAAUUAUAUCAGGUGCCGGUGACAAAUGCAACACACAACAUUAUUGUGGACAAUUUAAUUUUGUACGAAGAUGUUCUUAAAUAUUUUCCCUUGCCGCAUGGUGAUUACAUGAUCCAAUUGAAGGUUGCCGCCUACAACGAUUGGAAGGCUGAUGUUCGAACGUAUAUAACACUGACAAAUGAUUUUGGAAA